AUGGGCUCUUGUUUAUCCAGUCCAAAGUCAACGGAGGAUAAUGAGAAUCAGAAUGCUACAGUAAGGCUUAAUGGAAAUGCCCAAGGAGCCAACAAGUCGAAUGUGUCAGGCAAAUCUGGAGGCGCUGACAUCAGUUCUGCUGUUCAUGUUCAGACAAAUGGUGGAUCCAAUGGCAAUGGACCAUUGCCUGGGGGUCAGACUCCCUUAUCUACAUUUGCUAGUACUUACUCCGGUACGAAUAGCACUCAGAACAAUACAAAUGGAAAUAAUAUGAUAAGUCCAGCAGUAUCAGGAGUUCCCAUGCAACCCAAUUCCAGUAAUGACAAUUCUGGCAAAGAUCCUGUGAAAAUCCUACUUCUCGGUUCAGGAGAAAGUGGUAAAUCAACUAUCCUCAAGCAGAUGAAGAUCAUUCAUCAGAACGGUUAUUCUCAGGAAGAGAGACUUAUGUACAAGACUACUGUCUACAAGAAUUUACUCGACUGUUCAAAAGCAGUUGUAGAUGCGCUUGCCAAAUUCGGUAUUUCUGUUGAUACUGAAACCACUUCCGAAACUGAUGUUGACAAUAUUGAUGAUACUAAUGGUAUAGAAACCACUGAAACUGCUGGUCACUCGCAGACUGAUGAUACUACUACUCAGCACUCUGACGCUGCCACCAUGUCUACAUUGACUACUAAACGUAGAUACAGUCCAGUGUCACAACAAGAUCUCGAUUAUAUCUCCAAGUCGAUUAUCUCCCCUGAUCCUGACACCGUGCUUGAUCCCGAGCUAGUCUCCAUUGUCGAAAGAUUGUGGGCGCGACCCGAAGUCCGCAAACUAGUGAGUCAACGUCGGUCGGAGUUUUAUAUCAUGGACUCUGCUCCUUACUUCUUUUCCAAUGUGAAGCGAAUCGGCGACCCUGACUAUAUCCCCAGUGUCAACGAUAUUCUACGAGCCCGUAUCAAGACAACCGGUAUCUAUGAGACCCGAUUCGACAUGGGUGGUCUGGAUAUUUUGAUGUACGACGUAGGAGGCCAGCGAUCUGAACGUAAGAAAUGGAUCCACUGUUUUGAGAACGUGACGCUUGUGAUUUUCUGUGUCGCCCUCUCUGAAUAUGACCAAGUCCUUCUAGAACAAAAGGGACAAAACCGUAUGGCCGAAUCGCUAGUACUUUUCGAUUCCAUCAUCAACUCGCCAUGGUUCGCACGCACCUCGGUGGUGCUCUUUCUCAACAAAAUCGACGUGUUCACCGAAAAACUACCCUAUUCUCCCUUAGAAAACUACUUCCCCGACUACACGGGCGGCAACGACGUCAACAAGGCCGUCAAAUACAUUCUCUACAGGUUCACCCAGACCAACCGGGCCGGCCUGAACAUCUACCCGCAUCUUACCCAAGCCACCGACACGUCCAACAUCCGCCUCGUCUUCGCGGCCGUCAAAGAGACCAUCCUCCAAAACGCGCUCAAAGACUCAGGUAUUUUGUAA